AUGUUCUGCCAUUUCUUCUCAUUGCUUCCCUAUCGCUCGUCUUUCUUUCUUUCUUUCUUUCUUUCUUUCUUUCUUUCUCCUUUGCCAUUAUAUCUUUUCUUUCUUUCUUUAUUUAUUUUGAAUUACCUUCUCUUCAUAAUCUAUUUUUUUCUUCUUCUUCAUUGCUUCUCCAUCGCUCGUCUUUCUUUCUUUCUUUUCUUUUCUUUUUUUUUCUUUCUUUCUUUCUUUCUUUCUUUCUUUCUUUCUUCACUCCUUUGCCAUUAUAACUUUUGUUUGUUUCUCUCUUUCUGUGUGUCUUUCUUUCUUUUCUACUUUCUUGUUUUUCAUUUGCUUUGUUUAUUUUCUUUCUUUCUUUCUUUCUUUCUUUCUUUCUUUCUUUCUUUCUUUCUUUUCAAUUACCAUCUCCUCACCAUAUAUUUUUUUAUCUUUCUAUUAUCCUCCAAUUCUUCUCUCUCAUUGUUUCUCUAUUGCUACUUUUUCUUUCUUGCCUUCUCUCCGGCUUUUUUGUUCUUUGUUUCUUUUUGUUUGUUUGUUUGUUUCUAUUUCUUUCUUUCUUUCUUUCUUUCUUUCUUUCUUUCUUUCUUUCUUUAUCACAUACUUACUUCCUUUUCCAUUAUAUGUUUCUUUCUUUCUUCUUUCUUUCUUUUACUUUUUUCUCUUCAUUUGCUUUAUUUUAUUUUUAUUUAUUUUUCUUUCUUUCUUUCUUGUCAUGUUUCCUAA